AGAUAGCCACGCAUGGUAGUAUGGUCGCAGUGGGCUCCACCGCUGCUCCAUAUGAUCCCGCCCAGGCGGGUAAUCAUGCGGCAACUGGUCAAAUCGGAUUUAAAAGGCCUACAGUCAAUGUCAAAACGAACUUUUUGGACAAGUGGCAGUCUUCGUCAAAAGAAGUUAUCCCCCAAACAGAGCGAUCUGUUGGUUUUUGCAAUGAAGAAGAAGAUCUUCUGCGAAGGUUCUCUUCUCGAUGCAGUACAGCGAGGACAUCUAUUCGCCGACUGCAAACAUUUUGUAGAUAUGCCGUUGAAGUUUGACGCUGAGACCACCCUUGUCCGCUGGGAAGCCCUGCGUGCAGCUGGUCCAGUGAGCGUCGAACGUCUUCGCGAAUUUGUUGAUGAGUUCUUUGACCAGCCUGAAGACGAACUAGUAGGCUGUGAACCGAUUGACUGGGAUCCGUCGGAAGAUCUUUUCCACUCAAUCAAGGACGAAAGCUAUCGCGCAUUUGCUGUAGCUCUACAUCAGAAAUGGCCUACACUCUACAGAAAGAUUUCCGACAGCGUACGUGUUAAGCCAGAAAGAUACUCAAUCAUACCGGUACCUAACCCUUUCGUUAUACCCGGUGGAAGAUUCCGCGAAAUCUACUAUUGGGAUAGCUUUUUCAUCAUCAAAGGACUCCUGGCUUCACAUAUGUAUGUAACCGUGCGUGGAAUGAUCGAAAACAUGCAAUAUCUUAUUGAAGAAUUUGGAUUCGUGCCAAAUGGAAAUCGUAUCUACUAUCUUAACCGUUCUCAACCCCCUCUACUUACAUGGUCUGUUCACGCAUACUACAUGGCUACUAACGAUUUGGAAUUUGUCGAAAAACUUCUCCCAACAUUGCGCAAAGAGAUGGCGUUUUUCCAAGCGAAUAGGUCCGUAAUUAUGGAGGGAUGGCCCGGUCCACUAUAUCGUUACCGUGUCGUAGCAGAUGCACCUAGACCGGAGAGUUACCGUGAGGACAUAGAGAGUGCUGCACAUCUACAUGAGGAAGCUGACAAACAGAAAUUAUGGGGUGACAUCGCCGCUGCUGCCGAAAGUGGACGAGAUUUCUCCAGCCGAUGGUUCGGUCUAACGGGGCCAUGGGCAGGAAAAAUGGAAUCUACUAGGACUAGCUCAAUCGUGCCUGUAGACUUGAAUGCUAUUAUCUGCGGUAAUCUUCAACUAAUGGGUGAUCUCUACGAUGCCAUCGGUGAUAUCGAUGGAUCUAAAUGGUGUGCGCAAUCAGCCGAUCUCAUGAAGCAAACCAUUCAUCAAGUUCUUUGGAACGAAACUGUUGGUUGCUGGUUUGACUACGACAUAGAGAAUGACAAGCAUUUGCAUCAGUUCAGCGACACCAAUUUCUUCCCAAUGUACACAAAAGCCACCCAUGCAACCUUUGAUUCUGAAAGUAUAGUGAAUUAUUUACGUGGUACUGGUGUACUCGAUUUUCCUGGAGGUGUGCCAAGUUCCCUGGUUGCCAGCGGACAACAAUGGGACUUUCCGAAUGCAUGGGCACCAACAAUGUGGGUUUUGAUUGAAGGAUUGAGACUCAAUGGUCAGAAAGAAGUUGCUCUUGAAAUAGCGGAAAAAUGGAUUCGAAAAAAUUUCAACAUGUGGAGAGCAACUGGUGGAAAGAUGUAUGAGAAGUACAAUGUGGUAUCCGCCUGCUAUAAAAUCAUUGGUGGAGGUGGAGAAUAUGAGAUGCAGGAAGGUUUCGGUUGGACCAAUGGAGUUCUUCUGGACCUGCUGGUCACCUAUGGCAAUCAGUUGGUCUGGACACCGGCCGAGGAAUGCCAAUGCUGUGUACUUGAUUGCGUCUGCCUUGUUUAGUCUAGAAUUUGAUUAGUACUAGAAAAGCAGCAGCUUUCGCUUCUGCUAUGAAGGAGCCUCUACGUAUCAGCUCCAUAAAUAACGAUACGCACAAAAUUUUUUGUAGGACGACGUUGUUGAGUUUUCUGGGUUUUCUCUAAGUAGAAAAGAAGAAUGUAACGAUCAGAUCAUAUUGCAUUUUCACAAAAAGUCACUGAAGUAGCAGCGAUAAUUGUUGAAAAUCUAAUAGAAAAAUGUCAAAAAUGAGCUUUUACUUUGUCGGUUGUACAUACGAAUUAUACUGCAUGCUCUUUUCCCUUAUUAUAUACUGGCUGUGUCAUCUCCAUCUGACAACAGCAAUCUACAACAGUCUCUCUGUUUGCAUUGGGCGGAAUAACUCUCAACUUGAAACUCCAUCACUCGUCUAUUUGUUAAACAGUAGAUUGCAUAUUGUUCAUAGUUGUGAUGUGACACAGCUUUGCUGAGUCUGUGACUAUUUCGUUUUAGUAGUGGUAUUUUAGCGUUUGAGUAUGUAUAGGCGGGUUCCGACAAUCCAUGCUGCGUGU